GAAUGCCGCCGAGGAGCUGUGGCGGCGCUGUCGCGACGCCGGCGACAUCUACGAGGGUGUCUUCAAAGGCUGGUACAGGCGCAGGGACGAGCAGUUCGUGGAGAGCACGGACGCCCUCGAGAGCGGGUUCGUGGACGCACUCUCCGGAGAGCCGCUGGUGCGGGCGGAGCAGGAGUGCUUUCUCUUCCGGCUCCCGAAGCACAGGGACGCGGUGGUGGAGCUCGUCGAGAGCCCCGG